AUGUUUGAUCUUCUCUUCUUAACCCCCUCCCUUCUACUAUUCUUAAUCCAUCUGCUGAUAAAACAGAGCCUCGGGGGCAAGCUGCACAUGCUCAGUUUGGUAUGUAUUGCUACAGUUUUAAUUUUCUUGGGAAUGUGCAUGUGAUCAGCACAGGGCCAAUCAGCACUGUCCAGACACAGGUCAAGGAUCCUGAAGCCUCAUGGGACAAUCAGGGGAGAAUGAAAACUCCUCCUACAAGCUUUAACCAGUGCUCUGCUGGACACUGAUAGAAGUCACAAGACUGCUCUAACUGCUGAUGAGAAAAGGCAUUUAGCAAUUUAUAUUGACUAAAAUGAUUGCCAUUACUCUGUGUACUGAGGGAGACCAGAUAUAGUGAAUGCAGGAUCCUAGG